CAAAGAGUAGAUAAUAAUUAUUAUACUAACACCCACACAAUCACUGAGCAGCAGCUGUGAAUCCUGUGAUGAAGGUAUUGUCUUCAUUUUUGAAUUCUCUCCAUCUUGAUCCCAGCUACUGCUUGCUCAGUGUAUAUGGAGUCACUCUUGUUCUUCACUACUAUAGAUCAAUGGAUAUAAGAACAGACAUGACCAUGGAUGAUGUGCAGUUUGAAGUAUUUCUGAAGAGUGUUACUGACCUCAGUAGUGAGAAGGUAUACAGAGUCUUUGAUAUGUUGGAUGUUGAUUGUUCUGGAGUCAUUGAUUUUGACGGAUUCUAUCUCUUAGUUUGUAUUCUAGUUUCAAUCAAAGAUGGUAUGGAAAAGCAGUUCAUAUCAUGUCAUUCAAGAACAUUGUUUGAUCUGCUGGACAGAGACGCCGAUGGAAAUAUAUCAGUAAAAGAAUUUGAAAGAUUUGGAUUCCUAUUUAACCUAACGAAAGGGGCUAUCAAAGAAAUAUUUAAAGAAUUUGAUGUAUCUGGAGAUGAGAUAUUGGAUUACAAUGAAUUUCAAAUGUUUAUAAUGGCCUGUGUGGACAAACAGAAAGAGAUUGAAGCUCAAAGGAGUCAUAUCAAGGAAUGGCUUCAAAUGACACUUUGCACAUUGCUAUAGACUCAUUGCAGUAUGGUAACAGACAUAUAAACUAAUUACAUCAUUGAUUUAU